GUGUCGCCGCCAAGGGUUAAGCGUACGGGCAAAGAGACGACGAUUGCCAUUCCGAAUUAUUUGUCUCAGUUCAGUAAAACGAUGCUGGACGUAAUUACCGGCGACAAAGAUCUCCCGCAAUGGAAUGGACCGACUCGUGACGGCGGCGAACAUAGCGACUUUUUCAGGGGGCUUUGUCUGCCCCAGGUCGCUGGCUAUCCGAGCCUUCUCUUGCACGAGCUAGGAUGCUACAAUAAGGAAGCGUUUGAUAAGCUCCUGGAGUCGCUGUUCAAUGUUCAAGAUAAGUUCCUCAUCGUUAUCAAUAUCUCGGGCUCUGGAAAAACCCGCCUUCUUCUGGAAGGGCUGGUCCGCUACUGGGGAAUUUACUUUGUUGGGUCCCACGAGACAUCCUCGCUUGGUUCAGAAGAUUUAGGCUAUGUCCUGUCCAGAAUACAGGAGAACAAGGGCUUCAAGGCCAACCCUGUCUCAGAGGAGGAUCUCAAAAUGAACGAGGCCAUUGCGCGCCGACAGUACUUCAAAGUUCUGUUGGCACGCACAUCCGUUUUUACCCACUUCCUAAACUUGAGUCUGAAUCAAGCACCCUCCUCCGAGAACGACCUCAGAUUGGCCUGGCUAAAAAUCCAAAUUCAUCAGGAGAGUUUCUUUAAUCAGGAUAUCUUUUGUGGGGUUAUGGAUCUCCUUAACGAUUCCACCGACGAUUACUUGGAUUGCAGCCUAACAAAAUCUCUUGAGGAUGUCAAGGAUUUAUUGGUCCACAUGUUUCCCUUAUCUGCUUCUUCACGCCGAUUGUGCUGCAUCAUUGAUGAGGCACAGGCACUUGCUACGCGAGCACCUAAUUCGUUCCGGUCUCGCACAUCGGGUUCACCUCGAUCCCUCCUGAGGCCGCUCACCGAACACCUCCGUAAAUCUCUUGCCUGCCACAACUGGUUCAUGUACCUAUCAGGGACAAGCAAUAGUUUAGAAAUUAUCGAGACAACCAGCGGGUCAAACGUAGCAAGGCUCUCGGCGCUUCAGAAACUUUACCAUUUGGGAUCUUUUGUGGAUGCUAGUAGCCAGGCUGCAUACAUCCGAAAGUUCGUUCCACCUGCUUUGGCGGACAGCCUCUCAGAUUUUCUUGCGCGGGUCUUUACAUGGACAAGAGGAAGAUUCCGCUUCACGGCUACCCUUAUUGAGCUGUUGCUUGUAUCAGGGUUCCGCUCCCCACACACUGUGCUCAAUUUCUAUAUCAAAUCGUUGUGUGGCGGUGAAUUCGAACCCGGAGACGCUGAAGAUCUCAUCAAAGCGGAGCCCCCAUUGCCUGGAAACCUGAAAGACAUGGUGGUUUCUCAUGGAGUUGAUGUCAAUCGCUUUUCAAAAUCGGAAGUGUUCUCGAAACUCAAAAAACAUCUUCCGGCUUACAUGCUAACGGGGAUGCCACUACCUGUACUUCGGGUGAAGGAUUCUGUAUUGGUUGAGCUUGGGAUCUCCAGAUUUGUGGGUCUAUUCGCUGAUGUGCACACGGACGAGCCGCUUGUGUUAAUCGCCAUCAUCACUUGGUUGGAGGAGAAUGAACCAGGAUAUCUCCACACUCGUAUUAUGGAAGAAGCACUUAGUAUCUCCACGAAGCACAAUCCCUCCGAAGCGUUCUUUGCAUACGCCAUGCUCCAAGCCCUACGAUCCGGCCUCCCACUUAAUCAGAUUCUGGAUUUCCACAUCCCGGGAAACACAGUUUUACCUUUGUGGACCUAUGAGAAGGCUCAGAUUGUCGUACCCACUCAUUUCGAUCACACGACACACAGAUAUCACACCGUCCCAUAUUCCUAUAGCUCUACAAACGUUCCCAAAGCCGGAAAAUAUAUUGACAACGCUUCAGAGCUUCAGGAGUGGCUCGCAUUCCAGGGGACACCAUAUUCAGUCACCUAUCCAACCACAAGAGUCGGGCCUGAUUUCAUCUGUCUGGUAAAGUUAGAGAGCGGUAGACAUUUUUGGGUAUUGGGCCAGACAAAAGUUCGAGAGAGCGAUAAUACAAUCGUCGAGGGAGAUCUUGUCGGUGCUGUGCAGUCAGUCAUGCCGGAAAAUGUUUAUAAAAACCCUAAAAUGGUCCGGCUGUGCCCCAGCAAUUCAUAGAGGCCCUCGACGCCCUUCCGUGUAAAGUUGAUAAUGUUUUGCCAUCGGCCUUGGCGCCUCAUCAUGCCGUUGGGGUGCUUUGUAUUUCUCCCGCUCUUGACAACAUCCAGUGCUUGAAGGCGUCUUCAGUCAAAACGACUGUUACGCCCAUUCAAGCUGCCAUCAACUGGGAUCGGGUAG